AUGGUUCCUCUGCAGAGGCCUCAGAAGUUGCUGAACCAGGUGGAGGCGUGUGUGGACCAGGCUCUGCUGGGUCUGGUCCGGUCCAGUCCUGGUCUCUCUCUGCUGCAGGACAUCAGGACCGUGGUGAGGUCAGACCUGACCAGUCUCAGCGGGAAAGUGGCUCUGGUGUCUGGGGGAGGAGCAGGACAUGAACCUGCUCAUGGAGGUGAGGGGGGAGGAGAGAGGGGGAGGAGAGAGGGAGGAGCAGGACAUGAACCUGCCCAUGGAGGUGAGGGGGGAGGAGAGAGGGGGGGAGAGGGGGAGGAGCAGGACAUGAACCUGCCCAUGGAGGUGAGGGGGGAGGAGAGAGGGGGAGGAGCAGGACAUGAACCUGCCCAUGGAGGUGAGGGGGGAGGAGAGAGGGGGAGGAGCAGGACAUGA